GAAACAUGAUGAAGAUGAAUUGCAUCCUGUUAACUGUCUGCCUUGUGCUGGCUGCUCUCUGUAGUUCUGGUUAUGCCCUAAGAUGCUACCACUGUGAGAACAGCCCUACGUUGUGCAAGACCAACAGUACUUGCUUGCCUACUGAAGAUACUUGCCUGCAGAUGAAAUUUGGUAAAUUGAGAACUUUCUCCUGCUGGAAGGCAUCUCAGUGCAAUGUGAAUGAAAUUGCUGUAUUCUUCCAGCUGGAUAAUUUCGACUACUUUUGCUGCCAACGAGACUUGUGCAACAAGAGCCCCAUCACUGGGGUUAACAAAGCCGCGCUCGGUGUCGCCUCGGUAGUCACUGUGCUGUGGAUGCUUCUCUAA